AUGGGAUUCGCUACUGGAUCUGCCAAUUAUUCUGCUUCAGGAAUGUUAUAUGGUUUAGUUCAGUGUUGGAGAGAUAUAUCAAUACAAGAUUGUACAUCAUGCCUGGAUACGGCAAGAGCAAAAAUCAACAAUUCUUCAAACCAAGGAGCCCAGGUUCAGUUGGGAAGCUGCAAGGAUGUUGAGGAAGAUACUUUAACAAAGCUUAAUCAAGUUCCUAAACCUGUAGAAAUAGAAAAGAAAAAUGAAAUAUGUUCAUCAAGUUCUGAUGAAGAAAAUAUAGAGAGUUCAAAUAUAGAGACAGGCACACUAGAUUAUGGUCUUUGGUAUCCUCGCAAUAAUGAUUUCACUCUUGUUGGCUUCACUGAUUCCGAUUGGGCCGGUUGUCUAGAUGAUCGUAAAAGCACUAGUGGACCUGCCUUCUUUCUUGGUGAUUGUCUUGUUGCCUGGCACAGUAAAAAGCAAGGUUGUGUCACUCUGUCCACUGCAAAUGGUCAUUUGGCUCCCGAGUAUGCAAUGCUAGGACAGUUGUCAAUUAAAGUAGACGUUUACAGUUUUGGAAUGCUGCUGCUUGAGAUCAUCACUGGACGGAAAAAUUUUGAUAUUCAUCUUUCGUACGAAAUGCAAAACCUAAUACAAUGGGCAUGGAAACUAUUCAAGCGAGGAGAUGCACUGAAUAUGGUAGAUUCAAGGGCAUCAGAAGCCGAUGCAACACUUCGUCCCGUUAUGUCUAAUGUUAUUAUGAUGCUCUCUAGCACUUUAGUGGCAUUACCCAAUCCUUCAACGCCUGCUUUUAUAAGUAAUAGCGAAAACCAUCCUUCAACAUCAAAAUCAAAGUCAAUGUCAAGGUCAGGGGCUGAAGAGUAUGAGAAGGGAACAACGUCCGAGACGACUAAGUCAUCUGUAUCAGGGAUUCCUUCUAUAAAUGAAAGCUCCAUCACUCAAAUGGAUGCAAGCUUAAGUGUAGUGCAGUACAGUUUAUUUCCUGAAAACUUGAGAAAAAAUACAGUCCCUCGAGAGGGGAGACUAUUGACUUCUAGGGCAGAGUUAACAGAAGUUACAAGCAUUGCUUCUUUAUAUCAGCAACUAGCCUUAGUUUGA